AUGUCUUUCCCAAACCCCAAUCUCUGCACUGAAAAGCUUACCCUUCGUCCCGCCGUCCCUUCCGAUGCGGCCCCUCUCGCAGCCAUUUUUGCAAGCCCUCUCAACACCCAAUAUGAACCUCACAAGCCAAGCAACACAACGGUAGAAGAAUACCAAGGCCGAAUCGCCAAAUGGGAAGACCUACGCGCUCGCGGUCAAGCUUACUUUCUCGUCAUAACUCGACGCCCAGCAACAGAGACGGGUUCUGCUUCACCACCUGCUAGUGACGUUAUCGGCUUCGGUGGCAUUAACGCCAUUUCUACGGACGCUCAGGGCAAGCGGAUUGCGGACUUGGGCGUGUUGAUUGACAGCUCCGAGUGGAGGAAGGGGUACGGGCGCGAAGCGUUGCAGGCUACGUUGGACUUUGCAUUCCGGAAGGUGGAGGCAGGAGGCGUCGAAUGCGACGAGGCUUUUUUUGAGACCUUGGCGGUGAAUACGCCGUUUCAAGGACUUGCUGAUCGGAUGGGGAUGGCGAAGUGGAAGCAGGUGAAGAGCGACGGAAAGGAGCUUGAAUAUAGGUUUAGUAAAAAGGAUUGGGAGGGAUUGAGGAAUAGCUGA